AUGUUCACACUUAUUAUUAUGGGGAUGUUACACAUUUCAAAGUUGGGAAAAAAGGCUCUUGAUCUUGUCAGCUUACAAAACUAUACAACAAACCGUCUAUGA